AAGAAAGCAGGGCGAAGGGCAAAGGCAAGAGGGAUUUAAAGCAGGAGCAAACGAUCUAUCAUAAGGCAAUCCUAAGGAAAACAAAAGGUGGAGAUAACGUAGGGCCGACGAUGAUCAAGACUAAAAUUCGCAAAACAGAAUCUGGGAAAGAAUGA